CCGCAGCGCUGCGCCCCCUCCCCGCGCCGCUCCCGCCCGCGGACACGCACCCCCGGCUCUCCCAGCUCCUGGUACUUGCCACACUGCAGAAGGAACAUUGCAGCUACAGAGUGCUUGGGGUGCCUGGCUCUUGGAGAUUUGGGCUUUUGAGCAGAUUUCUGAGUGAAGAUGAAUUUAGCAGAGAUUUGUGAUAAUGCCAAAAAAGGAAGAGAAUAUGCACUCCUUGGGAAUUAUGACUCUUCUAUGGUAUAUUACCAGGGUGUCAUCCAGCAAAUCCAGAGACAUUGCCAGUCGAUCAGAGAUCCAGCAAUUAAGGGCAAAUGGCAACAGGUCCGACAAGAAUUAGUUGAAGAAUAUGAACAAGUUAAGAGCAUUGUCAACACUUUAGAGAGUUUUAAAAUGGACAGACCUCCAGAUAUCUCUGUGUCCUGUCAAGAUGAGCCUUUCAGAGAUCCAGCUGUUUGGCCUCCUCCUGUUCCAGCUGAACACAGGGCUCCACCUCAGAUAAAACGUCCCAACCGAGAUGGCAAAUCUUUGAAGAAAGACUCGCCAGGACUGCAGCCCCGCGGGCCCGCGGGCAGAGCACACGUGGUGUCCAAGGCGGAGAAAUCUUCCGGCAGCCGCGAAAGGGAAUCCAGAGCCAGGGGAAGGGAUGACAAGGGAAAGAAAAUACCCCAGGAAUUUGGUGAUGGGGAAAUUCCAAAAUUUGAUGGAGCGGGUUAUGACAAAGACCUGAUCGAAGCUCUUGAAAGAGACAUUGUGUCAAGGAAUCCAAGCAUUCAUUGGGAUGACAUAGCGGAUUUGGAAGAAGCCAAGAAAUUACUAAGAGAAGCUGUUGUUCUUCCAAUGUGGAUGCCUGAUUUUUUCAAAGGGAUCAGAAGACCUUGGAAGGGUGUGUUGAUGGUUGGUCCUCCUGGCACUGGCAAAACAAUGCUAGCAAAAGCUGUUGCUACAGAAUGUGGGACAACAUUCUUCAACGUGUCUUCAUCUACACUGACGUCUAAAUACAGAGGCGAGUCUGAGAAGCUGGUCCGCCUCUUGUUUGAAAUGGCACGGUUUUAUGCGCCAACAACAAUCUUCAUUGACGAGAUAGAUUCCAUCUGCAGCCGCAGAGGCACGUCUGACGAGCACGAGGCCAGUCGCAGAGUCAAGUCAGAGCUGCUUGUGCAAAUGGAUGGGGUAGGUGGUGCUCUGGAAAACGAUGACCCUUCCAAGAUGGUUAUGGUAUUAUCUGCUACAAAUUUUCCCUGGGACAUUGAUGAAGCUCUCCGACGGAGACUGGAGAAGAGGAUUUAUAUACCAUUGCCCACAGCAAAAGGCAGAGCAGAACUACUCAAGAUUAAUCUUCGGGAAGUAGAACUAGAUCCUGAUAUCAGCCUUGAAGAAAUUGCUGAGAAGAUUGAAGGCUAUUCUGGUGCUGACAUCACUAAUGUUUGCAGGGAUGCGUCUCUAAUGGCAAUGAGAAGACGUAUUAAUGGCUUAACUCCAGAAGAGAUUCGUGCACUUUCUAAAGAAGAGCUUCAGAUGCCGGUUACCAAGGGGGACUUUGAGCUGGCUCUGAAGAAAAUCUCCAAAUCUGUUUCUGCUGCAGACCUGGAGAAGUAUGAAAAAUGGAUGGCAGAGUUUGGAUCUGCUUAAUCUCAGUGACAGCUUUCCUUUGCUGGAGUUUUAUGGCUUUUGUUGUUCUCACUUUCAAAAUGAGUUAGAAAUCUUUUUAAAGGUUUAAUAAAAGGUCUGCCUCUGCCCUCAUCCCACCCCUUUCUGGUGACAGGAUCUUUUAAGCUGUUUGCCUUUAAAGGGAAUGAACACAAUAAUGAGCUGAUAUUGUAAACGAUAUUUUACCUCUGAAGUAGAAAAAUAAGACAAACAGGAAGGGAAAAAUCAUACUUCUGAGGGUAGUCUUUUUAUUUUUCAAAUGAAGAGCAGUGUUACUUAACUUCCUCCUAGUCAUUUUUUAUGGCUGGAGUCAAUAAAUCAGCUGGGGGAUGUGACUCCAGAGGAACAGACAAGGGCUUGCUGUACCCCCUCUGCUCUUAAGUGCUGCUUCUGCCUCCCUUGAAUGUGGCAUCCAAGUUAUUAUUCUUUCUAUCUGUGCUCGGAUAUUCAGAGCAAAGCCUGUGGAUUAAUUGGCAUUACACAGAGGAAAUGAGGAUCAGUUUUCCAUCAAGACAUGGGCCUGACUCUCCUCUCAUGUACUCCCAUUUGGAACUGAUGUCACUUCAGACUGUUAUCAGUGUUACCUGCAAUGACUUCUGAUGGGAAUGAGAAGGAAAGAAAAAGGCAUGGAUUGUUCUUAGUCUGGUUUAUGCUUGUUCUCUGAACUUCGUUUGGACCUGUUUGACCAGUAGGCACUUUGACUUAGGUUAUAACUUGCACUUUUAUGCUUAUGUAUCAUCUUGUGCUUUGUCUGUGCUAUCUAAAUGUAAUUGUUAUUACUAUUAUUAUUAUUAUUUUAGUACUAAGAGUUUAAUAAAGACACUAAUUUCAAGGCUGUAUUUAAAACACAAUGCUGUCUUUAGAACAAAUGGCUGUGAACUUCCACUUCUGAUUAGAUUUGAUCUUUUCCCUAGCAUUACUAGGCAAUUACUAGGGACUUUUACCUUUUUAUGUUGUAGAAGUGUUCAUAGUUAAUUUUUUUUGUGAAGGUUUCUUAAAAAAUGUAUAAAUAUUACUGGUUUAGUAAUAUUUAGAAAAUUAUCUGUAUGAUCUCAUUUAUGUUCUUAACUGUUUCUUCCCUUCCUUCAUACAAGUGCAGUGAUGAGAAGGGUUCUAAAGUCUAACAUGAGAAAUCUUCUCUAGAGUAAUCCUGUCACACUGACUGUAUGAGCUUUUCACAGACUCAGCCUGCU